AUGCAUGAAGCAUUCGGGUGCUCCAGCGACCCGACGGAGCAAACGCGGCUGUUUGCACAGUGUGCGCGUCCAGCGAAACCGUGGCGGAUGACCGAUCGAAAAUUCCUUUUCUUAGCCUUUGGAACGCUCUUUUCUGAAGCUGUUUCCUCGUUCCUGAUGCACCAAAACACUGGUUCGGGGCAGCAUAUUUCCGACGACGCUCCCGUCUCGAGCCAACUUGCUCCGAGCCUUUUGUCUUUGCUCAACAUGGUGUUCUUGUCUUGUCGGAUUUUUUUUUCUCAGUCAUGUCUCUAG